AAACUCUCGCGAUACUUUGGCUGCAGUGGGUUACCUUCUAGACUGCCGUGUGCAGCUAUAAGGUAGUCGGAAGCUUCUCCUUCUGUUCUCUGUCUUCUACUCGGAAGUAGACGUUAGUGUCUAUUCCGUUCAUUUUAUUUUUUAAAUCAGUUUGGAAGGAUCCCCUUUAGUUUCUAAUCCCCCCUACUAAAUUUCAGGGCCAACAUGGAGGCGAAACUGGACGCUUAGAAAAGAUGACGGAAUCCGAUCUGCUCCUUUAUUUUACCUCAGUUUAAUGGACCGGAUGAUCUGCGUUUCCCACAGCCUUGCAGGGGAGGUAGCUGUAUCCAGUGGGGAGGUAGGCUUUUCCAGGGUUCGUGAUGAAGUUUGCCGAGCCCUUGGAGAGCCAGAAGCUGACGUCUCUUCUGGAGAAGGCAGUUUCUAGGGAAGCCAAAUUGUGGAAGGUUUGCGUGCCAAAGAAACCUACCAACCAGGAUACAGAUAUUUCCCCUGAAAAGCGUGAUGAGGCUGUCCGGUGGUUGAGGGAUGUGCAUUCCCAGCUCAAACUCUAUCCAGAGACCCUCUGCCUGGCCAUCAACAUCCUGGACCGCUUUCUAUCCACCAUCAAGGCUCGUCCAAAGUACCUGCGCUGCAUCGCCAUCUCUUGUUUCUUCCUGGCUGUUAAGACCAGUGAGGAAGAUGAGCGGAUCCCGUCUCUGAGAGAGUUGGCCUCCAGCAGCAGAUGUGGCUGUUCUCCGUCAGAGAUCUUGCGGAUGGAGAGGAUUGUUCUGGAUAAGCUGAACUGGGACCUGCACUCUACCACUACACUGGAUUUUCUUUACAUUUUCCAUGCAAUGGUUCUGAGCUGUAAGUCUGGAUGUGUGAACGCAGUGUUGUCGGCCCUGAACCCGUCACAGCAUGUGGCUCUGCUCACCCAGCAGCUUUUCCACUGUCUGUCCCAAACCGCAAUGCUGCAGGUGCGCGGCUCAUUGCUCUCCCUCACCCUCAUCACGCUGGAACUGGAGAAACUCUGUACCGAUUGGCUCGCUCUCACUGUCGACUUGCUGCACAAAGCACAGAUGGACUGUUCUCAGCUGAUUGGCUGUCGAGAGCUAGUUGCAUGUUGCCUGUCCACACACACGGCUUCCCUGCCUCCUAACACUGUGUAUAUCUGUCAUUCCCGGCUGCCUCGCCAUGGGGGAGCCCUGCCCGCCUGGCAAGACUCCCUCAUUCCGACCGCAUCGGGCUGUGACCCUCACCGACCCUCUGACCCCAACACAGCCCACACCCACUCUUGCCCCAAGCUUCGACUUCACCGCAAGUCCUCGGCCAAGCGGAAGGUGGAAGAGAUGGAGGUGGACGAGUAUUUCGAUGGGAUCAAGCGUCUGUACAACGAGGAGAGUCCCCAGGAGGGGUGCCCCAAGGCAGUGGUGAAACAGUUGGAGGGGGGUCGGGUUUGAGCUGUGGACCGCCUGUAGUACGGCAGAACGCUGGUUCCUCACCCUGCCCACCUCUCCAACCUGUCAGGGAAACCUAGAGCAAGAAAACGCCUAAACAAUCACAACCUCAGCAAACGUGUUCAUCUGUCAACCUCAGAGCAAGAGAGAGACAAAUAUACUAACAUAAAUACAUUCUGUGCAUGAUGCUAUUUCAUAACCAUGCAUAUUGCAUAAAGUCAAUAUAUAUAUAUAUAUAUAUAUAUAUAUAUAUAUAUAUAUAUAUAUAUAUAUAUAUAUAUAUAUAUAUAUAUAUAUAUAUAUAUAUAUAUAUAUAUAUAUAGAAAAUGAAAAAUGUUUGCAAAAAAGCAGGAAUACUUUUCUCAUCUGCGGAACAUUUUUGUCUGCCAUUAUUGUUGUUUGUCUCUUUUUAAGUGUAUUUGCCAACCGUUUUCCUCUCCUUAAUCUUUAACUUUUCAUCAAUGUCUCAUUUUUUCAGUUUCCUUGUCAACAUGUUUGAGUGCCGAAUUCAUGACUGAAAUUUGCAGUUUUGAUGAAUAUAUUUUCUUUUAAGGCUAUGGUUAAAGAGUGGCAUUUAUAAAGAUGUAUAUUAGAUUUGUACAAAUGCACACUCUCAUUCUCUUGGUUGAUGACUUUGUCUAAACGCUUGUGAUGUUGUGUGUGUGUGUGUGUGUGUGUGUGUGUGUGUGUGUGUGUGUGUGUGUGUGUGUGUGUGUGUGUGUGUGUGUGUGUGUGUGUGUGUGUGUGUGUGCUGGGUGAUAAUUCCCUAUCACUACUUAAUACUGAGCAUUAUGGAUGAAUUAGUGUUACCAUGGCAUAAGAUUACACUUGGCCUGGCAUGGUUAGAUGAACUGUUUAUUGCUUGUUUUAAACAUAGUAGUGAUGUAACUGUUAUACUGAGUAGAAUAAAAAAUACAAGAAUAACAUUGUGAACAAACAAAAAAAAAACUUUAGAUCUUCACCAUUCCUUUGCUGAUCAUAACGUUUAUGCGCCGUUUCCUGCUGAAAGCUCUCUCUUCCUCUGAGGUGCUGAACAGUCUGUGCUGCUGAAGAGAAAUCUCCCAAUGCUCAAAUAAAUGAAAACAUCCUCUGAA